AUGGAGAAGCUCCUUCUGACUAUCCUGCUCCUCACCAUUCUCUCAGAGGGUGCAACACAAUCAGACUUGAGAGGGAAGGUGUUUAUUUUUCCUGAAGAAUCAGCCACAGCCUAUGUAUCCCUGAUCCCCAGGGUGAAGAAGCCACUGAAGAGCUUCUCACUGUGCCUGAAAGCCUUCACAGACCUCAUCCGCCCCUACAGCCUCUUCUCCUACAGCACCAAGGUCAAGGACAAUGAGCUGCUUCUCUUUGUCAACAAAAUAGGACAGUACACACUGUACAUUGGGAAUACUGGGGUCACUUUCAAGGCCCCCCCAUCUCCUUAUGCCCCAAUCCAUGUCUGUGCCAGCUGGGAGUCUGCCUCUGGGAUUGCUGAACUCUGGGUGGAUGGGAAGCCCAUGGGAAGGAAGGGUGUGAGAAAGGGGUACUCUGUGGGGGCAGAGGCAAAGAUCAUCCUAGGACAAGAGCAGGAUUCCUUUGGGGGGAUAUGGGAUGUGUCCUUGUGGGAUCAUGUGCUUUCCCUGAAGGAGAUGUGUGCCUCAUGUUACAGCGGCAACCUCCUGAAUUGGCAGUCCCUGAUUUAUGGAAGUAAUGGCUAUGUGGUGACGAAGCCCAAGAUAUGGCCUUAA